AUGACGCAAUAUAUACCUACAGAGAUAAUAGGCAAGGUAGAUCCAGAAGAGGUACCAGAUAUUCAAACUAUUGUGCCAAAUGCAGAAAUAGACUAUAUGCCCGAAGUAGAUUUAGAAGUUCUGGCACACUUACAUGACUUCUUUGCAGAUUAUCCUUUAGCGCCAGAAAAGCAGAUAAUACCAAAAAACUGGCUUAGUCUAUACAAUAAAAUAUUAGUGCGUGAUAAAAAUGUUGGAAAAGGAAAAUAUGUAUCUGGAAAAAAGCUAGUUCAGACCCUUUUUACUAAGAAGAAUUAUAUAGUUUAUUACCGAGCUCUCCAGACAUAUAUGAAGUUCAGAAUGAAAGUUACAAAGAUUCAUAGCGCUCUCAAGUUUAGGCAGUCUCCGUGGAUGAAGGAAUAUAUUGAGGAAAAUAUUCGUAAACGCAAAAUAGCCAAGGCAAAUGGGGAUGAGUUUGGGGUCGUGUAUUAUAAGCUAAAAAAUAAUGCAGUCUUCGGCAAGCAGAUGGAGAAUGUCCGUAAACAUAUGAGAGUAGAACUACUACGAACAGAAGAGGAUAAAAAAAUUAGGCGAUUAGUAAGUUCGCCAUUAUUUGUAGGCUUCAAGCAAUUUGAGGGAGAUAUUACAGCAGUCCAUAUGUUAAAGAGCACAGUAACACUAAAUAAACCAAUCUAUGUAGGGCAGGCAAUUCUUGACAUUAGCAAGGCCAUGAUGUUUAACUUUUGGUACG